UACUGUGUAUUGCUUUUCUUUUUUGCUUCCGAAGCUUCUUUGCCAAUUUAAGAUAAAACUUUCGGAGUUGGAAGCUCAAUGGUCCUUCUUUGUUAAAUUCUUUCUUAAAAUUUAAAUUUACUUUAUUUAAAGUAUAAGCAAUCAUAGAUGAAUAACCGUCCCAAAAAAACUCUUUUGAUAUAGCCGCUUUCAAGCUUUCUCUUAAUCCACACAGAGGGAACUCAUGAAUAUAGUACAGAACAGAACCAAAAUUGUAGAAUUGUUACCCAUUCAGCACUAAAUAAACUUAGACUUUCCGCAUUCCACUCUUUAGUUCAUGACAAUACAUAGUGCGCAAAGAACACUUUUACAAAUCAUAUCUAAUUUAUAAGUGGAUUUAUAUUUUAAUUGUUCAACAUAAUAAUUCGGCAAUGGACGCAAUUAUGCAAAUGGAUUUGUAUAAUCUAAUUGGUACAGAGCCCACGGCCUCUGUGUCAGAGAUCAAAAAAGCAUAUCGCAAAAAAGCUUUAACAUGCCAUCCUGAUAAAAAUCCUAAUAAUCCAAGAGCAGCAGAAUUAUUUCAUGAAUUAUCAAAAGCAUUGGAAAUAUUAACCGAUGAAAAAGCCCGAACAGCUUACGACCAAGUUAUCGCAGCUAGAAAGCAAGCAAAGGAACGUGUCAGAGAAUUUGAUGCUAAGAGAAGGAAAUUUAAAGAAGACUUGGAAGCACGCGAGGAGGCUUAUAAGAGAACAUUAGAUCCUACAUAUAAUGCUAAGUCUGAUGAGGAACGCUUAAAAGCUGAAAUAGAAAGAUUACAAAAGGAGGGAUCAAGGCAAGUAGAAGAGGAAAUAGCAUUUAUACAAAAGCAAAUUUGGGAACAGCUUCAUGGUACAUCAAAAGAUUCAGAAUCUAAUGUGGGAAACUUUAGAAUCAAAAUCAGAUGGAAGGCACAAGAAGCAGAUUCACUGAAUGGUGGAUACAACCAUGAUAAUCUACAUAGAAUGUUCUCUAAAUAUGGAGAUGUGACAGCUCUUGCCGUAUCGUCUUCUAAGAAAGGGAGAGCCAUGAUUGAAUUUGAAGAUAAAAGUGCCGCGGAUACUGCGCUCUUAGCAGAGGUUGGUUUAGCCGAGAACCCUCUAACACUUCGUGGCUUAUGGGAUAUUCAGAAACGUGCAAAAGGUGUCACGAAUGAUAUGAAACCUAAUAUCGGGAAAGUUAUAUUUCCCAUCAGCAAUCGUUUCAGCAGUAAACCGUCUGUAUCUCUUAGUUGUUCUUCAGCACCUGAUAUUUUCCAAGGAAGGAUGUCGGACACGGAGUUUGAGAGUUCAGUACUGGCUAAUCUGAGGAGAGCAGAAGAACGUAAACGGCUCAUAGAGGAAUUAAAAGCACAAGAAGAAAUCUAAUCUCAGUAUUAUGUCGCGCCUGAAUCCAUCCAUGUAUUUAUUUCUUUUACUUAAAAAGAAAUAUAUUAACAGUAAAAAUAUAA